AUGGUUAAAAAUGUUUAUUUUUUUUUGGUUUAUUUAGUGUAUUUUUUUCGUAUGUUUUCAGAAUCAUUAAGAAUGCAAAAAAAUUUAUUUAAAUAUAUUAAACCUAUUUCAAAUAAAUUUAAUUUAACAAAAAUUAGAAGAAUAAAUAUAUUCAGAAAAGAAAAACAAAUAAAACAAGUGAAUAUUUUAAAUGAUGUUGUAAAUAAAUAUAUUGGUCUUGAAUUAUUUUUUACGAAAUUGAACAAUGUAACAAAUAACAAAGAGAAAUUAAAUUAUAUAAAAUUUUUACAUAAAAUAAUUGAAGAUAAAACAUGUGAGCACAUAAUAUUCAGUAGUAAUAAUUAUAUGAGAAUAAUUAUUUACAUUUUAAAUGAGAGAUUUAUGCUAAUUAAAAAAAAUGAAGAAAAAAAUGAAAACCUUGAUUAUGAAAUAAUAUAUAGACUACUGUUAAUAUUCAAAAAUUUAACAAAAUAUAAAAAUUUUUAUCACAUUAUUUUAAACAAUUAUACUCAUAAAAACAUGAAAGUUUCCUUACUUUAUAUUAUUAUGAAUAUUCUAAGUGGGAAAAAUAACAGUGAAAAAUAUAAAGAAGCUAAUUCUAUUUUUAAUUAUUUCACGUCUUAUUUUAGAAAUAGUGAUGAUGCAAAAUAUUAUAUUGCUGAUAAUACAUCUGUAAAUGAUUCCAAAUUAAAAACAGAUAAUAUUGAAAAAAGUGAAAUUGAUGAAAUGAAAAAUGAAAUAUUUAAUAUAGGAAGAAACAUUCUACUGAAAUUAAAAGAUGAAAAAAUAAAUAUUGAAAAUAAAAAAAACGAACAAAAAGUGACAAAAGAAGAAAUCAUUAAAAAUGAUAAAGAAUUCAAAAUAGAAUCGGCAGACAAGGUAACUAUAAAACAAGAAAAAGAAAAAAUAGAAAUGAAAAAAGAAGAAAAUAUUACCGAAAUUAACAUAACAAAUAAUAAUGAUAAAAACAAGUUUGACGAAAAAGAAAACAAAGAAAGUUUUAACAGAAAUGAACAAAUUUUAACAAAUAAAAAAAAAGAAGAACAAAAAAGCAUGGGAAAAAUAAAUAAUUUAUCAGGAAAAAAUCCAGAUGAAGUAAGUAUUGACUUUAAUAAUGUAAUUUAUAAAAAACAAGAAGGAAGUAAUAAUGAAUAUUCGAAAGAAAUUGAAAAAAAUAAUGAUACAAACGUGAAAACAAGUAAUGAAUUAGAAUACAAACAAAAUUAUGGAGAAAAAGAUAAGGAAUGUAUUAAUAAUAAAGUAAAUGAAUUAAUUGAUAGUUUAGAAGAAAAUGUAUUAUUUCUUCCAUUUUAUUUUAAUAAAAAUUCGAAAGAUAAUAUUUUAACUAGUAUAAUAGUUAAUUUUCAAAAUAAAAAAAAUAUAAUAGUUUAUAAAAAGAAAAUAAGUGAGAAAACAAACAAAAAAGAAUUAAGAAAAGAGAAUAUAAUAGAAUGUAUAGGGGAUGAAUAUAAUUGUAAUAAUUAUUAUGAUAUAUAUGAGAAUUAUUCAGAAGAUGAUUUGGAUAUAUUAAAAUAUGAAAAAAAAAAAAUUAACAAAAAACAAGAUGAUAAAGAAGAUAAAAAAAAAAAGGAAAAAAAUAAUGAAAAAGAAAUAAAUGAAAAUAAAAUAAAAGAAGAAGAAGUACAAGAAGAAGAAGAGGAAGAGGAAGAGGUAGAAGAAAUAGAGGAUAAUGAAGAAUUAAAAGGAAAUCAUGAAAAGAAAUAUGAUAAAAAUAGUAUUAAUAUAAUUUUUAAUGAUAUAAAUGAUAUAAAAGAGAAUGAAAAUGAAAUAGAAACAAAAAAUAAUAUAGAGAAUGAAAACAAAAGUAACUUGAUAAAAAUGGGUCUAUUGGUAUUAAUAAAAAAAAAUAUAAAUUCAAAUGAUGGAAAUAUAGUUUUAAAUAGGACUAGCAAUCAAAUGAAUAAAGAAACAAAUAACUUGAAAGAAGAAUUAAAUAAUGAUAAAAAUGAAAAUAUAAAGAACACCACUAUUAGUUCAUUAGAAAAAAAAAAAAAUAUGCAUAAUUUUUUAAAUUUAUAUAAAUAUCUAAGUAAUAUAAAUUUUAAAUUAUUUGUAUUUAAAGGUAGUGAUAAAAAAAAUCAAGAAUCUAAUGAGUAUGAAGAAAUAUUUAUAAAAAGUAAUAACAAAAAAAGAAAAAAUAAAAUGGAUACUUUUAUUCUUACUGGUUAUGUGAAAUUUAAUUUAGAGUUAUUAAAAUAUUUUAAAAUAAAUAAUGAAGAUAGUAAAAUAAAAAGUAAUAAUAUUAGUAUAAUUAAUCCCUAUUUAAAUUUAGUAUUACUUAAAAAUUAUAUUGAAUCCUUAUUUAGUUUUAUAAAUAUAAAUGAAUAUUUAACAAAUAAGUUGCUCAAAUUAUUAUAUGAAAUAUUAAUAGAAAACAGAAAUUCUGUGAUAUAUAAUUUAUAUUAUUAUACUAUUUUAAAAAAAGAGAAUUUGGAAAAAAUUAUUGAUAUAUUAUCUAAAAACGUAAAAAACAAUUUAAAUAAAGCUAAUACAACACUUAUACUAAGAAUAUUGUAUAUAUUAUGUUUUCAACAAUCUUCAUAUACUAGUAUAACAAAAAAUAAUAAGAAAAAGGAAAAAAUUGAGCUUCUUUAUAAGAAUAUAACAAAAUACAUAGAAGAUUUAGAAAGUGAAAGUUUCAUAAAUGAGUUACAAAAAAACGAAAAGUUAAUUGAUUGUUUGAAAUUAUUAUCACUAUUUUUUGAAAAUAAGUAUAGAAAUCAAAAUUCAUUUUAUAUAUCCGAUGAAAAGAAAGAACAAUUUUUGUAUGAUAAUAAAAUAUUUAAAAAAAAAUUGAAUAAUAUUUAUAAUAGGCAUUUUAUAUGCGAAUAUAAAGAUUUAAUUAUAAUAAGAAAAACAAACAUUAUUUUGAAAUCGUUAGGUGUAAAUAUGUUUGAUUUAUAUAACGAAGUUAUUUUUACAGAAAGAGAAAAAAAAACACAUGAAUAUUUAAUGAAGGAGAAUGAUAUUAAAAAAAAUUUUAUCAAUUAUUUUAAUGAUAUGAUAAGAAGAUUCUCUUUCAAAAUUAAAAAAUACGUUUUAUAUAAAAAUAAGGAAAGCAAUAUAGAAAAGGAAAUGGAUAAUUAUGCUUUGGAAAACUAUCCAAAUCAACAUGUAACAAAAGUAGAAAUUCAAAAUAAAAAAGAAGAAAAAGAUUAUAUUAAAAGUAAGAAUAAAGAAAAUUUAGAAAUAUGUAAUGAAAAAGAGAAUGUUAAUUCAAUAAAUAUAAAAAAAAAUAAUAAUAAUAAUCAUAUUAAUACAAAUAUUGAUUAUAACAAUAAUAAUAAUAAUAAUUAUAAAAAAAAUGAUAAUAUUAUAAAUGCCAAUGAAGGAGAAAAAAAAAAAAAAAUAAAAUGUAUAUAUAAUUUGAAUAAUAGAGAAUAUAUAAGUUUUGAUAAAUUUAGAAAUAUUAUAAAACAUUUAAAAAAAAAAAAAAAAAGAAAAUUACGAAUUUUAUGUCUAGAUGGAGGAGGAAUUAGAGGAUUACUAUCAAUAGAAAUAUUAAAGUGUAUUAAUAGUCAUUUAAAGAAAAAUAUAUUUGAAUAUUUUGAUAUUAUAUGUGGUACAAGUACAGGAGCAAUAAUAUCUAUCUUAAUAGGAUUAGAAAAAGCUCAUUUAAAUGAAAUUGAAUUUUUAUAUAAUAUAUUGAUUAAUAAAAUAUUUCAAAAAGAUAUGUAUGCAGUUAGAAAUACUAGAUAUUUAUUGAAACAUUCAUAUUAUGAUUCAAAUAUCUUAAAUAAUAUUUUAAAUUCUUUUUUUAAAAAUAUUAAAAUGUUUCAUUAUAAUUCAGAUUUUUUUACUCCAUAUGUAUUUACAGUUUCAACGCAAAUGAAUAUUAAUCCAUUACAACCCAUUAUAUUAAAAAAUUACAAUAUCAAUUUAAACAAAAUAGAAAAGGAUAAGGUAGAAAGAGACAAAAAAAAUUCUAUAUAUUAUAAUGAUAUUAAACAUAAUAAUAUUAAUGAUGAUUAUUACGGCAAUGAAACUUAUGAUUGCCUAAAUGAUGAAGAAAAAAGCAAUAACAUUCAUAUAAAUAAAAAUAUAAAUAAUUUAAGUAUAUAUAAAAGUUUUUAUAAUAUAUUUGUUAAAUAUGUUUUAAGAUGUACUACUGCUGCACCUGGAUUUUUUAAUUUUUUUUCUUUUGAUAAUAAUAUAUAUGCUGAUGGUGCUUUAUGUUUUAAUAAUCCCACUUUAUUAAGCCUGAAUGAAUUAAAAUUAAUUUUUUAUAAUUAUAUCAAUAAAAAAAAAAUAGGAUUUUUUGAUAAAAUAAAAUGUUAUUUUUUUAAAAACAAAAAAAAGGAAGAAGAAAAUGUAAUAAAUUUGAAUGAUUAUAUUGAUUGUAUUGUAAGUGUUGGCACUGGUAAAUAUAAACCUCAAAAAAUAAAUGAAUUAAAUGAAAAUAAAAGUUAUGAUACAUUUUUACGUUGGGAUGUUUUAUUAAAACAAAUUGUCUAUUCUAUCACCAACACUGAACUUACACAUGAUAUAUGUAAUAAUUUUCUUGAUAAAAAUAAAUAUUUUAGAUUUAAUUGUUUCAUUAAUAAUAUUAAAUUAGAUGAAACGUCACCAGAAAUUAUUAUGAAACUAAAACAAAUAGGUAGAAGAUAUUUUGAAGACCAUAAAUGCAAUCAAGAAAAAUUAAUCAGAUUAGUAAAUAUAUUAGAAGACAAGAAUGAUAUAAAAGAGUAUUCUAAAUUACAAAAAAAAAUGUGGAAGCAUUCUUUUAUUGAUUCAGUAAGAUACAAAAUUUAUAAUUUUUUUCUUCCGAAUGAACAAAAAAAUUAUGAAGAACAUCCUUUUCAAAAUAAUUAUAAUGACAAUUUGAACCAUGUUCAUAAAAAUGAAGAACAUAAUUCAAUCACUACUGAUAAUAAUUUAAAUGAAACAAAAAAUAAUUUAAAUAAGAAAGAAAAAAAUAAAAAUUCUUCAUAUUCUAAUUUUAAUUUUAAUUUCAUUAAUGACGAUGAUAAAUUUAAUUUAAAUAAUAUUGAAGAAAUAUUAGAUAUAAUAAAUAAAAACAAUAGUUCACUUAAAAAAGGAAAUUCUUCUAAUGGUUUUUUUCAUUUUUUUAAAAAAUUAUUUUAUAAUAAUAAUAAAUUUCUUAAAAAGUUGGAAAAUAUGAAUAAAAACAAUAUAUUCAUUAAAUUAAAGAAGGAAAAAAAUAACUAUGUGAAUGUUGUACCUAAUACUGGUAUUAGAGUAUUACUAAAUGAAAUUUAUUUUAUUCUGUUAAAAAAAAAUUUAUAUUUUCAUACAGAUGAUAAUUAUUCGAUUAAUGACGUUAAUCAAAAAGAUUAUGAAAUUAAUAUUGAUAAAAUUAUUCCAUCAAAAGAAAAAAAAGUUCAAACAAUUGAUGAAAAUGAGCAAGAAAAAGAUAACCAUAUUGAUAAAGAGAAUAAAUCUGAUAUUAAAAAUCAAAAUCCAUUAGAUAAAAAGGAAGAAAAUUUAAAUAAAAAUGAUAACUUAAACAAGAAUGAUAAUAUAAACGAAAAAUAUAAUAUGAGUGAAAUAUAUAAUGAUGAUGAAAAUCAAAAUAAAAAAGAUGACAAUAAUUAUAAAAUAAAUAAAAAUGAUAAUGUAGAAACAAAAUGUAACCUUAAAUAUCCAUCAGAUAUCAUAAAUGAGGAAUUACUAAAUGUAGAUAAAAUAUCGAAUGUUGUAGAUAAUAAAAAUAUAAACAAAAAAAGAAACUUAAAAAAUAGUAAGGAUUACUAUCAAACUGACUAUGAUAUUUUUAAAAAGAUAAAUGAAUAUUCAUCUAGCGAAAAAAAAAAUAAUAUAAUACAAUCUUUAAAAAAUCUUUUUUUUGGAAAGUAUAUAUAA